GCUGUUUGCCUGGGAGGCCGUUUUCAUAGCUGCUUUUCGCUUUAGCCAGUGGAUCAGAGCAGGCAGCUUUGGGGAAAGUGUUAGCCAUGAAGCGCUGCUAGAAGCCAGUGACACAUUCCUAAGGAAUACCUUCUGAGCUCUGGAUCUCCACUGCAACAAAUAUAUCCCCCCUUCUUCAUUAAAAGCCUCGCACAGAAAAAAAGCAGAGAGAUGUUACAUCUACGCUUUGUGGCUUGCCUUCAGCUGCUCUUUAUUUGUCAAUUGGGGUUGGUUUUUGGAUAUUACAGACAGCAGCGAAAAUUAAUUGAAGAAAUCGACUGGUCAUACACGGAAGGCUUAAACCAAACGAAUUGGGUGAAAAAAUAUCCAACAUGCAACGGUGCCAAACAAUCUCCUAUCAACAUUGAUGAGGAUCUCACUCAGUUAAACAUGAAUCUGAAAAAAUUAGAAUUUCAGGGAUGGGAAAAAAUGUCCUCUAAAAAUGCGUUAAUUCGCAAUACUGGAAAAACAGUGGAAAUUAAUCUGACAGAUGAUUACUAUCUCAGUGGUGGUGCCUUAGAUACAAAGUACAAAGCAAGCAAGAUAACAUUUCAUUGGGGUAAAUGCAAUUCAUCUUCAGACGGCUCAGAGCACGGAUUGGAAGGACAGAAGUUUCCUCUUGAGAUGCAAAUCUUCUGCUUUAAUAGUGACCAGUUCAAAAGUUACGAUGAUGCAGUGAGUGGAAAUGGGAAAAUAAAAGCUUUAUCCAUCUUAUUUAAGGUUGGUCAAGAGGAUAACCCAAAUUAUGAAGCAGUUAUCGAUGGUGUAAAUCGUGUUCAUCGCUAUGGUAAAAGGGCUACUGUAGAGCCAUUUGUUUUGCUUAACCUCCUUCCAAGUUACACAGACAAAUAUUACACGUACAACGGAUCGCUAUCAACUCCGCCGUGCUCAGAAACAGUGGAAUGGAUUGUAUUUAAGGACACGGUGACCAUAUCUGAAAGCCAGUUGGAAUAUUUUUGUGAGAUCCUCACGAUGCAGCAGUCAGGUUAUGUCAUGGUAAUGGACUAUUUACAGAACAAUUUUCGGCACCAGCAGUAUAAGUUCUCUGGACAAGUGUUUUCAUCGUAUACAGGCACCGAGGAAAUUCCUGAACCAGUUUGCAGUUCAGAGCCUGAUGAUGUGAGAGCAGAUGCACAGAAUGACACAAGCCUCCUGAUUACAUGGAAGCGACCAAGGGUUGUUUAUGAUGGAGUGAUUGAGAGAUAUUUGGUAUUUUAUCAACAAUUAGAAGGAGAAGAUCAAACAAAGCAUGAGUAUCUGACUGACGGCUAUCAAGACUUGGGAGCAAUAGUGUAUAACUUAUUGCCCAACACAAGUUACGUUCUACAAGUGGUAGCAAUAUGCACAAAUGGACUACGUGGAAAACGCAGCGACCAAGUGAUUGUUGACAUGACAGUAGAUGGCCCAGGAAUUGAUCCCUUUAUUGAUUUAACAGAAACUGAAGAGGACAUUGAGGACAGUGAAGAGCCUCAAGAGGACAGUGAAAACAAAAAACCUGAAAUUGUAUUAAGCACUAUUAGCACCGUUAACCAAAUAGAAGGGCAAGGAGCCCCAACAACUACAACGAUUCACGACACUGAAGAAAACCUAGCAUCGCGUAAAUCAAGUACUGAAGCAUUUCUCGGUCAACAUAAUGUUAAUAAAGCUUUCUUUUAUCCUACUUUACAAUCUACAACCAAAACACCUGUGGAUGUGACACAAGGACCUGUGAAGAACACAGAGGUUCCCUUGCAAGUAGCAACGGAAGCAACAACAUACAAAAUUAAGGAUCUGAAGAGUAGUUUUGAAUUAUGGAUGCUCAAUGUUACAGACACAACUAAAGCUACCAAUGAAAAAGAUGCAAAACACAGUGCUGAUGAACAGAUGACAACUUCAAGUUGGAAGAGGAGAAUGUUUUUGCCCACUAGAAAGCCUAACACACAAUUGAAUGACACCCUUGUCUCUACUCCAGAUGCUUUUUUCUCGACAUUAAAUCCAGAAAACACCUCUCAGAAACCAAAACCAUAUACAACAGAAGAUUCAUCUCCCUUCAGUGAAAAAGUGUGGAUAAAGACUUCCCCUGGUCCUAUCAUGGAAUUUAAUGCCUCAAAUACCUCAGAUUCAACUACAUUACUUAAUAUUUCAACUGAUAAAGAGAAUCGGCUUGCAACUAAUUCAGUCAAUGUCAGUUUUGAUACAUCUGUGUCCACAUCUCCUAGCACUGCUGAGCUGGAUCCAAGUACAUUGGUUCCUGGGGUAGAGAUGCCACAUUUUUCAGCUUCUACUCUGUCUCCUGUUGACAUUUCAUUUCAAUCUAUCUCUCCAAGCUUAGGACAACAAGGUUCUGCUUCCCCUGCGACUGAUGUAUUCUCUCAGACCACUCAACCAGUAUCUAAUGCAGAUUCUCCAAACAGUGAGAGUCCUAGCACAUUAACAAUGUUAACAUCUACAUCUAAAUCAACCACUGGUAUGCUACCCACUAUCAGCUCUGAUUCCAUAAUGGGCUAUUCUGUAGUCGAUGAUGGUAUUCCUGUCACUGCUGACACAGAGGCCACAUCACAUACAGAAUCCCCAGAGAAUGUUGUAGCAGACACUAGUAGUUAUGAUCGCAGGAUGAUGGAGAAGAGUAAUUUAAGUCUGAGUGAACUUUCGGACCUAUCUGAAGAAGGAAGUGCUUUAGCAACUACUGCGAAAGGUGAGGUGAUAGUCUCUGAAAAGGAAGGAGGACGCCAUUUAGCUUCAACCACAUCAGCGCCAAGCCCUGCACUGAAGAACAGUGGUACAACUGUCAUGGAAACCCAUUUUCAGACUUUACAUUUGCCUGUGGAAAAUACAUCCGAAUCAAACUCAUGGGCAGCACUUACCGGUGAUGAAGAAAGUGGUUCUGGUCAAAGCACCCUAGAUAGCCUUAGCGAUAAUGAGACUUCCACAGAUUUCAAUUUUUCUGAUGUUGUUGACAGAGACAAAGACUUUGAGGUUGCUGUUGUACCAGGUAAAGCAGAUGCAUCUCCUGGAUCUGAAAUGACAUCACCAACAUCUAUAACUAGUGAUCGUUCAACAGUAGCCAACGAGGCAGAGGCAAGUAAUAGUAGCCAUGAAUCUCGUGUUGGUCUAGCAGAAGGUUUGGAAUCAGAGCAGAAGACCCUUAUACCACUUGUGGUUGUCUCAUCACUGACCUUUAUCUGUCUUGUAGUACUUGUGGGCAUAUUGAUAUAUUGGAGGAAAUGUUUUCAGACAGCCCACUUUUAUUUAGAAGAUAACACAUCACCAAGGGUAGUUUCCAGCCCACCUGCCCCAGUUUUCCCAGUUUCAGAUGAUGUUGGAGCGAUUCCUUUAAAGCAAUUCCCUAAACAUGUCGGAGAACUACAUGCAAAAAAUGGAUUUACUGAAGAAUUUGAGACACUGAAAGAGUAUUACCAGGAGGUUCAGAAUUGCACAGCUGAUUUAGGAAUAACGUCUGAUACUUCCAACCAUCCAGAUAAUAAGAAUAAGAAUAGAUACAUAAACAUUGUUGCCUAUGAUCACAGCAGAGUUAAACUUUCACAGCUGGCAGAAAAGGAUGGGAAGGCAACGGAUUAUAUUAACGCAAAUUAUGUGGAUGGUUACAACAAACCAAAAGCAUACAUUGCUGCUCAAGGGCCGUUAAAGUCAACAGCGGAGGAUUUCUGGAGAAUGGUCUGGGAGCAAAAUGUUGAAGUCAUUGUAAUGAUAACUAACCUUGUGGAAAAGGGGAGAAGAAAGUGUGACCAAUACUGGCCCAGUGAUGGCAGUGAAGAAUUUGGAGCAUUUUUCAUUACCCAAAAGAGUACACGUGUAUUGGCCUACUACACCGUGCGGAUGUUCACAAUUCGGAACACUAAGAUUAAAAAGGGAUCCCAGAAAGGGAGAAUGAAUGAACGAUCAGUGGUACAAUAUCACUAUACCCAGUGGCCUGACAUGGGUGUUCCAGAGUACACUCUUCCAGUUCUUACAUUUGUGAGAAAGGCGGCUGCUGCAAAGAGUGGCACUAAUGGUCCUGUUGUAGUGCACUGCAGCGCCGGUGUUGGGAGAACUGGUACCUAUAUUGUGUUGGAUAGUAUGCUACAGCAGAUUCAACAAGAAGGGACAGUCAACAUUUUUGGAUUCUUGAAGCAUAUUCGCUCUCAAAGGAACUACCUGGUCCAAACAGAGGAGCAAUACAUCUUCAUUCAUGAUGCCUUGGUUGAGGCUAUUCUGAGCAGAGAAACAGAGGUACCAGAGAAUCAAAUUCACUCGUAUGUAAAUGCUCUUCUAACAACGGGCCCAACUGGGAAAUCAAAACUUGAGUCACAGUUCAAGUUGUUAAGUGAACCCAACAUACUGCAGUGUGACUACUCUACAGCCCUGAAACCGCAAAAUAGGGACAAAAACCGAACUUCUUCUAUUAUUCCAGUUGAAAGAUCAAGAGUAGGCCUUUCUUCGUUGGCUGGAGAAGGGACAGAUUACAUUAAUGCUUCGUACAUAAUGGCUUAUCAUGAAUGUAAUAAGUUUAUAAUUACCCAGCAUCCUUUACUGCACACAAUAAAAGAUUUUUGGAGAAUGAUAUGGGACCACAAUUCGCAGAUAAUUGUAAUGCUUCCUGAUAAUCAGAACAUGGCAGAAGAUGAGUUUGUCUACUGGCCAAACAAAGAAGAACCCAUCACCUGUGAAAAUUUUACAGUGUCCAUGGUUGGAGAAGACCACAUUUGUCUUUCAAAUGAGGAAAAACUGAUAAUCCAGGACUUUAUUUUAGAAGCUACGCAAGAUGACUAUGUUCUUGAAGUGAGACAUUUCCAAUGUCCGAAGUGGCCCAAUCCAGAUAGUCCCAUAAGUAAGACUUUUGAACUGAUUCAGCUAAUCAAAGAAGAAGCAGUCAGUAAAGAUGGACCGAUUGUUGUACACGAUGAAUAUGGAGGAUUGACCGCUGGAACAUUCUGUGCAUUAUACACCCUUAUGCAUCAGCUGGAAAAUGAAAACUCUGUUGAUGUCUAUCAGGUAGCAAAGAUGAUUAAUCUGAUGAGACCUGGAAUUUUUACAGACGUGGAACAAUACCAGUUUCUAUUCAAGGCAAUACUGAGUCUUGUAAGCACAAGGCAGGAAGAAAGUCCUCUGGCCUGCAUGGAGAGCAAUGGAUCAGCUGUACCAGAUGGAAACACAUCAGAGAGCUUGGAGUCUUUGGUAUAAUUACGAAAAAUCACACGGUUGUCCCACGUGUUUGAAAUCAAAACAAAAUCGGAUGGCACCAGAUAUACUAGGUUUACAUUCCAUCAGCAACUAAGCUGUCACAUGUGACUUUACCCUCCAUCUACAAUUAAUAAUGUGUGCCUUUUGAAAGACUUUUUGUAAUCUGUCUGUAAUGUCAAGAAUAAGUUGAGCAAUUUUUGCAGUGUUGCUGUGAAUGGCGUUAGGCCCUGUCGCCACAGUAUUAACUUUCCUACUACAAGUUUUUAACUAUUUUAACUAUAUUUAUAGGUGUACACAUUUUACACUUUCAUUUUUUUUUAUUGUCGCAUCAAAGUGCAGAAAGUCUUGAGUUCUCUAGGAUUUCAGUUGCUUUUAUGUGGGAUUGUAAAUAGUAUUUUACAUUUUAACAUUUAAUCAUUUUGAGAUAACAUCUGUUCCUCUGUAGGAUAAAAAAACCUCACAAUUGCUGUACAUAUUGUAAUAGUGGCAUGGACCAAAUUUAUAUUUAUAAUUGUAGAUUUUUAUAUUUUACUACAAAUCGUUUUUCUAGUUGACUUGUAACUUCAUUGUUAUAAUGUAUUUGGUAUGUUUUUAUUUUAACAAAUUUCCCAAUCUUUUGACUUGCAUCCUUAAUUGAAUAUCUUUAAUGUAUUUGCAUGUAAUGUUAACACUCUGUGAGAAAUAAAUAAACUUCUUUUACAUAUGAA